GAAGGCCACACAGAUGCAGUUUGCGCUUUAGAUGUUGUUUCCUUGGGGAAUGAGACUUCUGCUGAAUCAAAUCUACUUGUGGCUUCUGCUGGGUCAGACUCUACAGUCAGAAUCUGGGCAAGGCAUGGAACAGAAGUGAAAUGCCUUCAGACCCUGCAGUUUGGCCAUGGAUUUGUUAUGGAUGUUUCUUUGUCCCUGCUGGUGGGAAGUGAUGUGCCAAUACUGGCUUGUGGUGGAGAUGACUGCAGAAUUCAUUUGUACACCCAGCAGGAUGGGCAGUUUCAGAAACAGUUGGCACUUCAGGGGCAUGAAGACUGGAUAAGAGGGGUCGAGUGGGCAGUUUGUGGUGACACUCUCUUCUUGGCAAGCUGUGCUCAGGAUUGCCUGAUAAGAAUCUGGAAGAUUCAUACAGCUUCACCGCCGGUUCUGGAGACUAGCGAAGAUGAUGUUGUUAGAUUGAAGGAUAACGUUUUCACUAUGAAAGAUAAUGGAGGCAAGUCUGUAUUUUGUUUCACCACAUCCUUUGCUGUGACGUUGGACUCUGUGUUAGCUGGGCAUGAAAACUGGGUCUGUGCUGUUCAUUGGCAGCCUUCAUUUUUCACAGAUGGCAGGAGGGAACAGCCAAUGAGAUUGCUUUCUGCUUCGAUGGACAAAACCGUGAUCCUUUGGGCUCCAGAUGAGGAAUCUGGGGUGUGGCUAGAACAGGUCCGAGUUGGAGAAGUGGGGGGAAGUACGCUGGGGUUCUUUGACUGUUGCUUCAGCCCAGACGGCACAAUGAUUCUUGCUCAUGCUUUUCAUGGAGCGCUGCAUCUUUGGAAACAGUCGUCCAUGAACAAGCGAGAGUGGACACCAGGAGUGGUGAUUACAGGGCAUUUCAAUAGCGUACAAGAUGUGAACUGGGACCCAGAGGGAGAAUUUAUCAUUACUGUUGGUUCCGAUCAAACAACAAGAAUCUUUGCUCCAUGGAAAAGAGGGAAUCAACUGGAGGUAACAUGGCAUGAGGUGGCAAGGCCUCAGAUUCACGGGUAUGACAUGCAGUGUUUAGCCAUGAUUGGGCGAUUUCAGUUUGUAUCUGGAGCAGAUGAGAAAGUCCUUCGAGUGUUUACUGCGCCUAGAAAUUUUGUGGAAAACUUCAGCAGCAUUUCUGGUGUCUCUCUGGAGAAGAUGUAUUUUGGUCAAAUGAUUGAUCUUGCUGAAGGUGCUACUGUUCCAGCAUUGGGUUUGUCAAAUAAAGCCGUCUUUCAAGAAAACAUUGCAGCUCAGACAACGGAAGGGGAGGAAAAGGUUGAUUCUUCUAGUCAGUAUUGUGAAAAUUAUUUCCAGCCUCGUAGGCUUACAGAACCUCCCACAGAAGAUCAUCUCUUGCAGAACACAUUAUGGCCUGAAAUCCAAAAACUAUAUGGACAUGGCUAUGAAAUUUUCUGUGUCGCUUGCAACAGUGCCAAAACAAUCAUUGCCUCUGCGUGUAAGGCUUCUAAGAAAGAACAUGCAGCCAUCAUUUUGUGGAGCACCAUGACCUGGAAGCAGCUACAGAGCUUAUCUUUUCACAAUCUGACCGUGACACAGAUGGCGUUUUCCCCCAAUGGCAAGUUCUUGUUGGCGGUGUCAAGAGAUAGGAAAUGGUCUCUUUGGAAAUGCAAAGAUAGUCCAGCAGAGCCAGAACCAGCUUUCUGCCUCUUUGCCUGCACAGACCAAAAUACAGCAGUGCACAGUCGCAUCAUAUGGUCUUGCGACUGGACUCCUGACAGCAAAUACUUCAUUACUGGAAGCAGAGACAAAAAGGUCAUCCUGUGGGGUGAAUGUUGUUCAGCAGAGGAGAGCCCCAGGGGAGACCUGGCUGCCGUUGAGCUUUGCUCUUCUGUCCUGGAGGUGGAAGAUUCGGCCACUGCUGUUGGCGUGAGCCCCGUGCUGGCCUCUGAUGGGAGCUACCUGGUUGCCGUGGGGACGGAAGGUGGGAAGAUCCACUUGUACAAAUGCAAGCCAAACAAUGAGAGGUUGCUGUGCUCCAGUUGGACUCAUUGUGCGGAGACUGACAGCAGCCAAAGCCACUCCCUGGUGGUCAAGCGGCUGAGCUGGAGGCAGCAGGUGGGCAGAGCUGGCCACGACACCUCGGAGAGCAGCGAGUGGCUGCAGCUGGCAAGCUGCGGGGCUGACCAUGUGGUGAAGAUCUUCAGCAUCCAGAGGCACAGUCUUUGAACAAGGACCUUGGUUAGACCAGCAGUCUGGCUUGAUGGAUCUGUAGAUCAGUUUUCAGCUACUUUUAAAAAACUGUGUUCCUUUUCCUGAAAGGCAUAUCUGACAACUCUUAUUUAUUAAAGCAGUUUUGAUAACAA